AUGGUGGUCCUGCGCUCCGGAGGAGGCACUGCCUUGAGCUGCCACUGCCAGGUCGCCCUUCCCACCACCACCGGCUUGGCUCCCACGAAUGACCCGAGGGCACGGCCCUUGCAGUCUCUGCCUUAUGCUCUCUGCGGGGAUCCAGCGCCCGCUGCGACGAUCAUGGCGGCCCUCAGGGCGGCAGCCGAGCUGGAGGUGCCCCAGCUGCUCGAGCAGGGAGCUGGUACAGGUAGGGCAUGCAGCCUGAAGUAGGAGAAGAUGCUUCAGAUGCACCAGGACCACGGGGCCUCCAGAGUGGAGACGAUCUUGAUCUUCUCUGCCCUGAUCACCGUGCAGGCGAUGCUGGUGCAGGGGAGACAGAGGCACAGCCGCUCAUACAGCCUGCUGACCUUGCUGCAGAGGUGAGUUGUCUCUUUGUAUGUCAUGAAGCUCUGCUGGUGGCGGUUUCUGUCUAUAUGGACAAUAUUCUACAUUGCUUCUAGCUACAGGCUCUUCAGAGCUACAAGUAAACCACUCUCAGGGCAAGCACCCAGAUUGGUCUACAAAUGGUUUCUCCUAAUCUGUAAGAUCAGCUAUGCAUUUGGUGUAGUGGAUUAUUUGGCUAUCAUGUUUAUAAUGUAUGGAUUUAAUCUCAUAUUAAAAAUCAAAUCUAGAGAUUGCGGGUUUGGCCUUGGAUCCUUGUUCUACGGCCUUUAGUAUAGGAUAAUGGGGCGAUACUUUGCUGAGAUCUGCUCAGACUACAUGGCAUGUACUAUAGGAUUCUACAGUGUCAGCCGGAUGCCCACCAGGAGUCUAUCCAGCGAUAUCGUGUGUGCAGUCUGUGGGCAGAUCUUUGUGGCACUUGACAAAGAAGGGCUCAUUGUAAACACCUAUGAGAGGUCAUGUGGACACCUCUUUCAGGAAUUCUGCACCCGAGGCUGGCGUGCUAUCGGGAAAAAAAAAAAAAAAAAAAAAAAAAAACAGACAUGUCCUUACUGCAAAGAGAAGGUUGACCUGAAGAGGAUGAUUGGCAACCCUAUCCUUCUAGAAAUGUGCAAAAUACAAGCUUAA